GUUAGCGCUAAUAUUACUGCUGAAUCUAGAAUACACUAACCUAAUUCUUAAGCGGUCACUUAAAGCUUGACAAGAAGUGACUAAGAUCUUUCCACCUUUGAUUAACAAACAACCACCAAACGGCAUCGGUCUUUCAACAUUUCAUCUCACAUUUUCAACGCCGUAUUACGAACAACUUUAGGUAAUCUUCAAUCUUGGCCACAGCGAAACUGCAAUAAAAUACAUAAGCGCAGCUUCAUUUCAUCAAGGAUAAAACUGUCCCACUGGAAUCAUCAUCUACCUAGCAACAUGUCGUCGCCGGCGCCAAGCAACGACGGGGACGCCCCCAAGAACAACCAGGAGCAGAUCACUUUCCGUUUUUGCGCAGAGUGUUCCAACAUGCUGUACCCCAAAGAAGAUGAAGACGCCCAUAAGCUUCAGUUCACCUGUCGCACGUGUCAAUAUACCGAAGAGGCAUCGUCUUCCUGUGUCUUCCGUAAUAUUAUCAACAGCGCGGCAGGCGAGACAGCUGGUGUGACCCAGGACGUGGGAUCGGACCCGACGGUUCGUAAUCAUAUUUCUUCUUCCACCCAGGCUUCUCCCCAUUCCCACCCCCAUCUCCCUACUUCUACCGAUUGCAGCCUGGCUGUCUGUCUGAGAUGUGGCGUGACGCUCCUCCAUUGUGAUCGGUGUAAAGACCCUGCAUCAGUCGACGAGUACAAUCAUUUCGUUCGACACAACCCGGAUUACGCCGUUACAAGAACCUUGGACUCCAUACGAUUCUCUAGCUACUGGGCCUCCCAGGAUGAUGAAGGAAAGGCUGCUUGGGCCGACGAAUUUGCUUCAUGUAGCGAACCAGCGAUUCCUAAUCUCUCACAAGAUAAGGACAGUCUUGCCUAUUACAUUUCUAGCAAUAACUUCCUUAUGUCACUUGAUGCCUUGGAUGCCGAUCCUCCCGAAGCCCUUGAAGAUCCUCCGGAGUAUGGUGACAUAUGGAUGCCUUACUCUGAGCUCAUUUCUGCCCAGUCAACAAAAAUCGCAUCGCAAUGAUCUUGUUUUCUAGAUUUGAUGAUUAUAUUCUCAUUUCUACGUCUUGUUUAUUCCUAUUUGUCACGUAUUUUGGGCAACAGACAGACCAACAGACAGACAGCCGGGCAAUUGCAUGCACACAAUUCUCUGGAUUUCUCUUCGGCACCGGCCACCCAGCUUUGGAGAGCAUGCAUUGUAUAUUCUCUCUCGGGGAACCUAGUGCUAACGCCUUGUUUUCUUGGCAUCUAG